GCACUAUGCUACCUUGCUAAGGAAAUGAAUGAAUCCUGCUUUGCAAUUAACAUGGUAUUGACGACUCCUCUAUCAAGUUUUAUCUCUCGGGUUCAAACAGUGUGGACAAUCUUGUGGCGAUCCAUUGAAUGUAUCACUUACCAAUUAUCCUACGUUACCAGGUUACUGUGUCUUAGCAACCGAUUGUUUGUCAAGGAGAACUUGAACUGCAUAUUUCCUGGUGGACGAAGGCUCCCACAACUUUCCAUCGUUUGUUAUCACUGAGCAAAACAUGGAAAAUGCAACACACACAGUGGAAGAAGCUAACAGAGUCUCCAUCAAAACGAGCGAUGUGUACAAAGUGCAAAAAAAUCUGCCGAAAAGAUUUGAUAACCCCGACUGGUUCCAAGGGUACAGAGAGAAGCCACGUAACCCGCUAUACAGGACAACGAAUCAAAUUUACGGGGGCAAGAGACCCACUGUACAUGAAAUGCCAACCACUUUUAAUGGGAGUACUCGGCAGUUUACAGAAUACCUAAGUAAAUGUGGAAUGUACAAAGACAAUGGCUUCAACACAUCAACUGAGAAAAGUUAUGUGACUGGACCUAACAACCUCAUUACAUUUCAUGACAGACUGAAUUUUCAAACUUCCUAUAAUAUGAAUGGACCUUCUCACACUGGGUAAUUCAUUCAAAACUGCUAGUAACACAAUUAAACAUUUAUUCAGUGAUAUUACUGACCUUCUCAGAUUUCAGUCAUAUAAUGGGUAUUCAAUGCAAUGUUUUAAAAUAAUUUUUGUUUCCCUUUUAAUUUAGUUCCAAUGGAAAUGUCAUGUGCUAAUAAAAAGUCUCACAUGCUGAAAUAAAAUAUCCUUUAUUUUAUAUUACAUAAAAUUGAUGGUAAACAUUGGAACAGUUCUGUAAAAACACUUGGAAGGCAAUUACUGUGAAUUGUAGAUCUAAGAAACAACAUCUGUAUCUGUUUACAGAGACAUCACAACAUUCUACAAAUAAGUUCCUCUAAACUUAUUUUUGUUAAUAGCAAGUUAGAACAGAUG